UCCUCACUUCUCCUCUCUCCUCCUCUCCUGAGAAGACAGACCGACUCCUCAUCUUCAUCAUGGCCACCAUGAUGUUCUCCUCCUCCUCCUCCUCCCGGAGCUCCAUGGGCGGAGGCCUGGCCCGCUCCUCAUUCGGCGGCGGCCUCAGCUCCUUCAGCGUGGCCGGGGGGGCCGGCGGCGGCGGCAGCAUCAGGGUCUCCCGGGCCAGCCGGAGCUUCUCCUCCGGCGGGGGCGGCGGCAGCGCGGCCUUCGGCUUCGGCGGAGGAGCCGGUUCCGGGUUCGGCGGCGGGUUCGGUGGGGGUGCAGGUGGCGGGUUCGGAGGGGGCGCGGGGUUCGGUGCAGGUGGCGGUGCCGGGUUCGGAGGAGGUGAAGAUGGCAUCAUCGGCAACGAGAAGUUCACCAUGCAGAACCUGAACGACCGGCUGGCCUCCUACCUGACCAAGGUGGCGUCGCUGGAAAAGGCCAACGCCGAGCUGGAGCUCAAGAUCCGGGAGUUCGCAGAGAGCAAGGUGGGCCCGUCCAAACGGGACUACAGCCACUUCUACGUCACCAUCGCAGACCUGCAGGCCAAGAUCGAAGCAGCCCUCGUCGCUAGAGGCUCCGUGAUGCUGAGUAUCGACAACGCCAGACUGGCUCAGGAUGACUUCAGGAUCAAGUACGAGAACGAGCUGUCCAUGCGCCAGUCGGUGGAGGCCGACAUCGCCGGGCUGAAGCAGCUGCUGGGAGAAAUAGGCAUGGCCAAGGGCGACCUGACCAUGCAGAUCGAAAGCCUGAAGGACGAGCUGGUGUCCAUGAAGAAGAACCACGAGGAGGACCUCCUCUCCAUGCGCUCCCAGGUGGGCGGCCAGGUCAACGUGGAGGUGGACGCCGCUCCCCAGGAGGACCUCACCAAGAUCAUGGAGGAGAUCAGGGAGCACUACGAGUCCGUCGCCGUCAAGAACCGCAAAGAGCUGGAAGCCUGGUUCCAGGCCAAGUCCGAGACGCUCACAAAGGAGGUGGCGUCCACAGAGAUGACUCUGAAGACGACAACCACAGAGGUGAAGGAGGUGAAGAGUCAGCUGCAGGCGCUGGAGAUCGAGCUGCAGUCCCAGCUGAGCAUGAAAGCGUCUCUCGAAGCGUCUCUCGCUGACGUUCAGAACCGCUUCGCCAUGCAGCUGAGCAGCUUCCAGAUGAUGGUGACGUCUCAGGAGGAGCAGCUGCUGCAGCUGAGGGCCAACCUGGAGCAGAAGGGACAGGAGUACCAGAUGCUGCUGGACAUCAAGACCCGUCUGGAGAUGGAGAUCAGCGAGUACCGCCGGCUGCUGGACGGAGAGGCAGCAGGAUCCGCAGCAGGAUCCGCAGCGGGAUCCGCAGCAGGGCUUUCCUCUUCCUCCUCCUCCUCCUCUUCAACCACAGUUACCAAAACUGUGAUCACCAAGGUGAUCGAGGAGAGCAGUAGUUAAGAGCAUUCACACGGCUGUCUGAUGGGGCGGAGUCGAAUCUUGACCUUUCACCUUCCUGCCGAUGAGGAGCGUCCAUCUCAUCUUCUUCCUUUUAACUCACUUCCUGCUGUGACUCAGUUAAAGAUGGUGAAUCUGUGAGGGAAACUUUCUGUCUGUCUUCAACAAAUAAACUAAACUAAACUCAA